AUGAUAGUUGGAUUGCUCAGUGGUAUUCUUGCUAUGAUUACGUUUAAAAAUAAACGUGUAAGAGAUGUUGGUUGUAGUCUCUAUAUUCUAGGUUCAUCAAUGACUACUCUAUUUACAAUGAUCAUGUUCGGAUUAAAAUUUUGGAUACUUAUUCUUGCACAAAUGGCAUUUAUAGUGAAUAGAUCUUUUUUAUCUUUUCAAUGUUAUUCAAUUGAUUUUCUUCGUCAAAUUUGUCUUAAUAUGAAUCAAUGGUUAAAUGCAUUUGUAGCUAUCGAAAGAGCGAUUAUGAUACUAAAAAGUACUCGUUUUAGCAAAACAAAAAGUAAACAAAUAGCUAAAUUAGCGAUAAUUAUUCUUUUAAUUUUUAUUAUUGGUACUACUAUUCAUGGUCCGAUGUAUCGACGUUUAAUUGAAGAAGGCGAAGAAAAUGAUAAUGAAAAACGAAUUUGGUGUAUUGUUACUUAUUCAUUGAGUUUAGAAACAUUUAAUUCUUUUAUACAGAUUUUUCAUGUUUGUGUUCCAUUUAUGAUCAAUCUUAUAUCAGUUGUUAUUCUCAUAACGAGAAAAACUCGUCAACAAUCAACUCUUCAAACACAUCGAACUUAUAAACAAAUUUUACAAGAACAAUUUCGACAACAUAGACAUUUGUUUCUUGCUCCAGUCAUAUUGGUUAUACUUACUUUACCACGUUUAAUUAUUUCGUUGGCAUCGAAAUGUAUGCAAUCAGUUAAUGAUUCCUGGUUAUUUCUUAUUGGAUAUUUUAUUUCAUUUAUUCCACCCAUGCUUACUUUUGUUAUAUUUAUAUUACCAUCGAAAUUUUACAAGAAAGAAUUUCAUAAGUCAGUUGUUCAAUAUCGAACUAACGUACAGAGACGUUUACAUCUUAUUUUACAAAGGUAA